GUUCAGGUUAUAGUAAGGGUGGGAAGCGGCUGUGAACAGUCACACCAUAUUUCUUAACCAAUCGAAGAGCAACGAAUAUAUUGUCCACGAUCCAUUGAUCGGCCAGUGUGUUGUUGGACUGUGACCUCGAACUACUCUAGGUUUAUUUAUUGCCUAAGACAUUUGCGUCUGAUCUAAAACGGCCGAUCGAUACUCCCAAGUCAACCACAGAUCGCGGAUUGAAGAAGAAGGGGAAAAAGCAAAAGAUAUCCAUCGGUAAAGAAACUUUGAACAACAAUGGCCAAGCUGAUUGUCACCAGCCCAAAUGUCACUUAUACUGAAGAGUACAUUGAAAGCAAGUAUAUCUACGAUACCACUGAAGUAAAGAAAGAUAGUGAGAAUAACUCCUUCACUGUCGUGCCCAAAGAAACAUUAUAUACCUUUCAAACGAAACGUAAAGUUCCCAAGCUUGGUUGCAUGUUAGUUGGUUGGGGUGGCAACAAUGGAUGUACACUCACAGCUGCAGUUGUUGCUAACCAGAAGAAUAUUUCAUGGCAUACCAAAGAAGGUUUAAAGAAACCAAACUAUGUUGGAUCCAUGACGCAAGCAUCUACUGUGUGUAUUGGCACAGGAACAGAUGGAGAUGUACAUGUUCCAUUUAAAGAUCUUCUCCCCAUGGUUAAUCCUAAUGAUAUAGUUUUUGAUGGAUGGGAUAUUUCAUCAAUGAACCUUGCUGAUGCAAUGGAAAGAGCCCAAGUCUUAGACUGGAAUCUCCAGAAACAGCUGCGCCCAUUCCUGGCUGACAUGAAGCCACGCCCUUCGAUCUAUUGCCCUGAUUUUAUUGCCGCGAAUCAAGCUGAAAGAGCUGAUAAUGUUCUAACUGGAACAAAACAAAGCAUGAUGGAGCAAAUCAGAGCUGACAUCYGGGACUUUAAAGAAACAAAUAAGUUAGACAAAGUCAUUGUCCUAUGGACUGCCAACACUGAGCGCUUCUGUGAUGUUAGACCAGGUCUUAAUGAAACAGCUGAUGAACUUCUUGCAUCAAUUGCUAGAAAUGAAAGUGAGGUCUCUCCUUCUACUAUCUUUGCUGUGGCUACCAUUUUGGAAGGGUGCUCCUACAUAAAUGGUUCGCCCCAGAACACCAAUGUUCCUGGAUUGAUUGAGCUGGCUGAAAGACACAAGACCUUCCUUGCUGGAGAUGAUUUCAAGUCUGGACAAACUAAGAUGAAGUCUGUCCUGGUUGAUUUCCUUGUCAGUGCUGGCAUCAAGCCUGUGUCUAUUGUUAGCUACAAUCACCUUGGUAACAAUGAUGGCAGGAACCUUUCUGCGCCAAAGCAGUUUCGAUCCAAGGAAAUAUCAAAAAGCAAUGUUGUGGAUGACAUGGUCGAAUCUAAUAGAAUUUUAUAUGGUGAAGGUGAAAAACCUGAUCACUGUGUUGUCAUCAAAUAUGUUCCGUAUGUUGGAGACAGCAAGAGAGCAAUGGAUGAAUAUACCUCUGAGAUCUUCAUGCAUGGUUUGAAUACCAUUGUUAUGCACAACACAUGUGAGGACUCUCUCCUUGCCGCUCCAAUCAUAUUAGACCUUGUCAUUCUCUGUGAAAUCUGUGAGAGAAUCAAGUUUAAGGUUGACGGUGAAGAAGAAUUGCAGUCUUUCAACACUAUCCUCUCAAUAUUAAGUUACUUGCUCAAGGCUCCACUUGUACCCAGGGAUACUCCUGUGGUAAAUGCUCUCUUCAAACAGCGAAGCUGCAUUGAAAAUAUCUUCAGAGCUUGCAUUGGUCUGAAACCUCAAAACCACAUGUUGCUAGAACACAAACACAGCAUUACUGCUGUCAGACACAGAAACACAGAACUCGACAUUGGUUUAAAACGCAAACACGUCUCAAAAAAAGAUGCCGUCCUAUCCAAGAAAGCCAUGUCACAUGUUCACAUGAAUGGGCUAGCAAAUGGCCACACCAAAGGAAUCGCUAAUGGAAUCACUAAUGGCAACACCAAUGGAAUCAUCGAUGGCAAUAUUAAUGGGAUCAGUGAAUGCCGGUGAUAAAUUUAAUCAAACAAUAAACAAUAUUUAAUAAACAGUGACUGGCAUCAAAGGAAUGUUGGUCGGCGAGAAGAAAAGAAAUCCAUCGCUGGAUAUCUUUUUCGGAUCAAUUUAAAAUUCCUAUAUACAAAAAUGAAGUGGUCUUAUAACUUUGAGUUUUUGAAGUAAAAUCUUUGUGUUUGCAAAUGUAGCACGGUAAUUUUAAAACAUGAACAAGUAAAAAGUCCUCAUAUUUGUUGUCUAAUUGCAUCAAGUUAUUUGAAUUUUCUUUUGUCAGUUUUUUUUUUUGUAAUUUGAAAAACAAAUUUGUUAUUGAUAUGUCUUUUGUUAUCAGUUUGAAUAAGAAAGGUACUCUGCCAAAAAAAACCCCAAAUAUUUCUGAUUGAUUGGAAAAAAAGGUUUAUGGAAUUCCUUGUUGUUUUAAAAAAAUUUCAAAACCGAAUAUUAUAUAUAUAUAUGCAUUCAAACAAAGUUGUUGCAAACAUCAUAAUAUUAUGUCGCUCAUUAACUAUGCUUAAAAAGGCUCAAAGUGUUGCUCAGUUUUAAGGGAUGAAAUCUGACCAACGGAUUAUUUUUUUUAGCAUUGAGUUUGUUUUAUGAAAUGUAAAAACUUAUUUGUAAUAAAUAACUUCAACACUGAAAGAGAAAAGGUAGU